CUUUGUGGGAGAGGUGUCUCGUUGGCCUGUGUACGUCGCGCCCAGUGGAGCUGUCGCUGGUGGCAUUUGAAGCCCAUCUGUCACCAAUGCCCCAGGACCUGUGCGCUGUCUCUCACUGGGAGGCUUUGUGCAAGUUCCUUUCCCGGGCUAGAGAUUUAAUGUUCUCAAUAUGUCAAAAUGGGCCUUGCAAUCAUUGAUUUCGAAGUUGUUUUCUACUUCAGCACUAGUUCAGUAUCAGGCAAUUAGAAAAACAGUGGAAUGGAAAGCAAGUGCUGUGGUCGCCCCAUGUUGUGCUCCUUGUCAACAAUGUAUACAUUCUUGUUAGGGGUCCUGUUCAUUGCUUUAAGCUCAAGUCGCAUCCUGUUGGUAAAAUAUUCAGCCAAUGAAGAAAACAAAUACGAUUAUCUUCCAACUACUGUGAAUGUGUGCUCAGAACUAGUGAAGCUGGUAUUCUGUGUGCUUGUGUCAAUCUGGGUUGUAAAGAAAGAAGACCAUAAAAGUAGAAACUUGAGAUGUGCUUCCUGGAGGGAAUUCUUCAAUUUCAUGAAGUGGUCCAUUCCAGCUUUUCUUUAUUUCCUGGAUAAUUUGAUUGUCUUCUAUGUCCUUUCCUAUCUUCAACCUGCCAUGGCUGUUAUCUUCUCAAAUUUUAGCAUUAUAACAACAGCUCUUCUAUUCAGGAUAGUGCUGAAGAGGCACCUAAACUGGAUACAGUGGGCGUCCCUCCUGAUUCUCUUUCUGUCUAUUGUGGCCCUCACUGCUGGGACUGAGACUUCCCAGCAUAGCCUAGCAGGACAUGGAUUUCAUCACGAUGCCUUUUUCAGCCCAUCCAAUUCCUGCCGCCUUUUCACAAGUGAGUGUCCCAGAAAAGACAAUUGCACAGCAAAGGAAUGGACUUUUUCUGACUCUAAGUGGAACGCCACAUUCAGAUACUUCAGUCACAUCCGUCUUGGCUUGGGCCAUGUUCUCAUUAUAGUCCAGUGUUUUACUUCUUCAAUGGCCAAUAUCUAUAAUGAAAAGAUACUGAAGGAAGGGAACCAGCUCAGUGAAAAUAUCUUCAUUCAGAACAGCAAACUCUAUUUCUUUGGCAUUCUUUUCAAUGGGCUGACCCUCGGCCUUCAGAGCAGUAACCGUGAUCAGAUUAAGAACUGCGGGUUUUUUUAUGGCCACAAUGCGUUUUCGGUAGCCCUUAUUUUUGUAACUGCAUUCCAGGGCCUCUCAGUGGCUUUUAUUCUGAAGUUUUUGGAUAACAUGUUCCAUGUCUUAAUGGCCCAGGUCACCACUGUCAUCAUCACAACAGUGUCUGUGCUGGUCUUUGACUUCAGGCCCUCCCUGGAGUUUUUCUUAGAAGCCCCAUCAGUUCUUCUCGCCAUAUUUAUUUAUAAUGCCAGCAAGUCCCAAGCUCUGGACUGCGGACCUAGGCAAGAAAGGAUCCGAGAUCUAAGUGGCCAUCUUUGGGAGCGCUCCAGUGGGGAUGGAGAGGAACUGGAAAGACUUACCAAACCCAAGAAUGCCAGUGAGUCAGAUGAAGAUACUUUCUAACUGGUAGCCAGAUAAAUUGGCUGAUCUCACAAGGUUGUUUUCACAUUUUCAGCAUGUGUCAUAUUCAUCUUUUCACUUUGAUAAACCAAGAACAUUUCCAAAGAAAAAUGCUCUUUGCAUAUAUAACUACUUCCUAAACAGUUCUACCCAAAGCUUCAAGUGCACAGAAGCUAAAAAGGUCUAAGGAACUGACAUAUGAGUAACAGUACAGAGACUGCAUUAAUGACCAGUGCUUGAUAAAAUAACAAGAUAUAUUCACAGAUUUUUUUUUUUUUUUGGUCAUCCAAGGUUCCAAAAACCUUAUAAUAAUCAGGUUAGCUGUGCCCCAUAAAUACACACGUACAGAUCAAUUUGCCAGAUACUGUUAAUUAUGUAGUUCUACUCCGUGUGCCGAAGUCUUUACUUUUUUAUCAUUAUAAACAUCACCUGGAUUGUCCCUUGAAUUUUUGAGGCCUUGGGGAUACACAUUUUGCAAUUAAAAAGCAACACGACUCUAAAGAAUUUGGUCGAAGGACUGCCCCACUUGGCUGCAACAUUGAUUUGAGGUCAGUGCAGUCUGUGCUAAAUACUUUGCUGAAGAAGCAACUUUUCAAAAACAAAAUCUCAGAAUUUUAAUCUUGAGGAAAUUCAUAGGAAAUUUAAUUUUUAGUGAUUAUCUUUUGAUGGUUUUCUAUACACAUAAACUUCAAUUUAGGUGAAAAUUGCUUCCCAGUCACCAGUUAUCAGUUGUAUUUUAAAUCACAUAAGCCAUAGUGGGUUUUUUUCCUCCUCAGAUUGAUCUUAUUCUUGGAUUGUCAUUUUUUGGAGAACUAAGACGAAGCCAUUUCAUUUUCUUAGAUAUUAAUCAGAACUUACGAUAAUUAAUAUUGUAUCUGGUUCCUAGAUUUGAGACAUUGGCUUCAGAAUCAUAACCAGAUUGUCAGUAUGAUUAAUGCCUACGAGUUCCUUUUAAAAGCAUCACUUUGCAAACAAAUGACUUCCACCAAAGUAUGAAUUAUAUUAUUUUAAAAGACAGGAAGGCCAAUAAUAAAGCACUUUAUAGCAAUAUUUUACACUCCAAGUGCAUGGUAUUUUUCAACAUAGCUUUGCAUGCAGCCAACUGAUUCUGAGGUAGAGAAGUCAAGUGAUGGAUAGUUUUAAAAUGAUAAAACAAAUGACUUGCCCACAGUCAUGCAGCUGGAUGAUAGCAGAACAAGAGUUAGCAUUAGCUAAUAGGCCUGUGUGUCUAUGCAGCAGUACACUGAAUGUGAGCCUUAAGGUGUCAUUUUCAUGCAGUUCAUUCAUCUCUUCUUUCCUCUAAUUUUCAUACAGAUGAACAUAAGGAAAUACUAUCUAUAAUCUAUCUGUGAUAUGCAGAAUAUGACUGGCAAGAGU